AUGCUAGACAAAGAGAGAAAGUAAGCUCAGUUUCCGUAAUUGGAGAUGUCACACCUCUUGUAUGGAGAUAAGGAAGGUUUCGACAAUUUUAUAGAAAGAUAAACCUUCUUUGACAAUCAUCCAUUGUUCAAAGUAGAUCAGAAUUUUUUCAACAAAUCCAGACAAGAUUAAGUUCUUAUCUCAUUUAUUAAAGAUCCUUAUAAAUGCCCAAAAAACUAUUGAAGCUGCUAAAAAUCUGGAUCUGGCAAAUAAGAAAUACUACACUCCGAAUGUAUUAUGUCCUUAAGGGAACUUUAUAUCUACAGUUCAUUUUGCCAUGGUUAUUCCUGCCUUCUAGGUUCUGGCAUCCGAUGAUCAAAUAAAAAGAUGGAUGCCAUCAUUGAAAGAUUUCAAUGCAUUCGGAUGUUAUGCAUAAUCUGAAUUAGGACAUGGUUCUGACGUUUAAAAUAUACUGACUGUAGCUACUUUAGAUAAAACAACAUCUGAAUUUAUAAUACAUACUCCGAAUGUUGAGGCUACCAAAUGUACUUAUAAAUUUAUAAUUUUAGUUUGGCCUGGAGAAUUAGGAUUAUAUUGUGAAUUCGCAUUGGUAUUUGCCCAAUUGAUAGUAGAUGGAAAGAACCACGGAGUUCAUCCAUUCUGGGUAAGAAUAAGAGAUAAGGAUACUCAUAGACCAAUGGAAGGUGUUUAACUUGGAGACAUAGGACCUAAGAUGGGAUAUGCUGUUAAGGAUAAUGGUUAUUUGUCUUUUGACCAUUUUCGAGCACCUCUAGAUAGUUUACUGAAUAGAUACAUUAAAGUAAGUUCUGAUGGAAAAGUUGAAAGACAAGGUAAUCCAAAAGUUGGAUAUGCCAGCAUGUUGUACAUGAGAAAUAUACUUUGUGAUCAAUAUACUAAGUUUGCAGGUAAAGCUUUAACUAUAGCUGUUCGAUAUUCUCUAUAUCGAAGAUAAUUUAAAGAUGAUAAUAAAUAAGAGAUUUUAAUAUUAGAUUAUCAAUGUUAAUAAUAAAAGUUGUUCCCCUUACUGGCUGAAUUCUAUGCUUGUAUCUUUGGAAGUAUCAAAAUCAAAGAAAUAGUCAAUGAAAAUUUCAAUAGAAUCACCUAAUAUAAUGACUUUAGUACGCUUAAUUUGACUCAUUCAAUUUUGAGUGCAGCAAAGUCAAAUUAUACUUACUUUGUAGCCAAUUGUGCUGAAUGGUGCAGAUUGAGUUGUGGUGGUCAUGGUUUUGCUCAUUAUUCAGGAUUGCCCACUAUAUUCUUUGAGAUGUCUCCGAAUGUAUGCAAAAUGAUCAUAUAUUAUAGAUUGUGUUGGAAGGCGAAAAUACUAUAUUAAAUUUAUAAUUAGCUAGAUAUCUUCUUAAACAAUUAUAAAAUACAGUGUCCAAACCAGAGUCUGUCCCCUCCUAUUUUUAAUUCUUGUCAUCUGAUACAGUGAAAAUCUAGGAUGUCACUACUAUUGAAAGUCUAGCCGCUCUUUUGGGUUGCAAUUGCUCCAUCUUAACUAAGUAUGCUGCCUCUAAAUUCAUGGCCCAUUCUGAUUUGUAAGAUAGUUGGGACACAAAAAGUGGCAUCGCUUUAGCCAAGGCUGCAUCAACAUUCAUUCCUUACUUCAAUAUGAUAUGUUUUAUUGACACUAUUCAAAAUAAGGCUAAAGACACCAAAGAAAUACUAACAGUACUCGCUUAAGUGUAUGGCAUCACAAUGCUGCUCAAUAAUUCUCAAGGAUUAUUACUCAGUAAAUUAUCAUAUCUAUCAUUAUUAGAAAAUCAAAUAAGCAGUGAACAAAUUCGAUUAUUGCAAGAUACCAGGGAAUAAUUAUAUCCAAUCAUAAGAAGAAAUGCCUUAUGUUUGGUAGAGGCUCAAGGGUUAUCUGAAAAUACAUUACAAAGCUUGAUUGCUCCCAAGGAUGGAAAUGUCUAUGAAAAUAUGUACAAUUAUGCAUCACAAGACAAUUCUUUAAAUAAAUAGAAGGUACAUGAAGGAAUUACAUACAUUAAAAAAAUGAAGGAAGUAAAUGCUAAAUUAUGA